AUCGGUGAGGUUGGAUAACAAGAUAAACCGAAGACUUCAGUGGCUGAUUCGAUACCGCGGCCGAUAUACACGAUAAUUACGCUUAAUAUUAGCACCAAAAAACACAACUUCAAAAUCAAGUCUUACCAACGGCCAAAGGGCAAUGAUCAUUUGGUCUUAAUUAAUAUGGACGGUAAUAAUGCUAGCGAUGCUCAUUCCAAUAGGAGCCAGCCUUCUAUGUGUUUCGAAAAGGCCAAUGUAGACAGUAAUAUCAAUGAAAAGAAUGCUCUGGAUUUUCUUUAUGUGAACCAUGCUGAGGUAGCUUGGCAUGAAAGAAGAAGAGCGUGGGUUGGUGAUAUAUCACAAAGAUCACAGAGUUUAAAAGGCUCAAGUAUCAGAGAGAAGAUCCUAAGUUGGAGAACAACUUACAAGGAACUGCUCUCAACUAUUGAACCUUUUAAAAAUCCAAUCCCAUUAGCCGAGAUGGUAGAUUCUCUUGUUGAGAUUUGGCUUGAAGAGGGCUUCUACGGCGAAACACAGAAAACAAAUCUCAGUUCACUAAAAGAUUUGCACUUAUUAUAAUUUAUAAAUGAGAAGCAAAAGAAACAAACAUAGAUAUGCGAAAGAGGUAUUAAAUUUAUAAUCUUGGCUGGUGGACACUUUUUUGAUCAUUCUCAGACUGGACACAGAUGUGGUUUACUGAUGGUUUAAAUGAAUCAUAAGGUUAUAUUAAUUUCUACCAAAACAAGAGAAAA